CGUACCGCUCCGCUGCUCCUCACACCGGGCGGCCGGGCCUCCAGCGCUCCGGGCCGUCGGGCAGCGCGGCCUCCCGCCCUGCGGCCAUAGCGGCGGCCGUCCGCUCAGGCCGGAAGCGUACCGACACCUUCCGGAAACGGAACGGACGCACCGGGAGCGGCUCAAACGGGGCUGCGCCGCUCCGCUGCCCGGCUCGGCGCGGGGAGGGGCCUCGAGCCGCCGCUCCUCCCGCAGCACGGGAAGCAUCGGCCGAACAGCUGCGAGGAGGAUUUGCCCAUAGGGCGCGGCUUCGGGGACUACGCAACAAGAAGGCGGCUGAUUGGUUGGCGGCGCGCUGCGAGCGCUCUGAUUGGCUGAGAGGCUUCGCGGAGUCGCUGUUGCGGCGUCCGGGUGGAUCACGUGCGCGACUUGGCGCCGUGGCGGCCGGGUGCCGUUUGCUAUGCAGAAAAUAGCCGCCUGACCGCGUGCGGAGCCGCGCCGGUCGUCAUGGCCUCGGGACCCGGAGCCGCCACUCUGAAGAAGUGCCUGGAGGUGCUGAGGGACGCCAGGAACGACAGCGAGCAGCUGGCAGCUCUGCUGCUGGUGACCAAAGCAGUCAGAGCUGGAGAGCUGGACUCAAAGACCCGGCGCCAGAUCUUUGAUGCGAUCGGUUUCACGUUCCCCAACCGCCUGCUGAACUCCAGGCAGGCACCACCAGGCUGCCCCGAGGACACAUUCAGGGCUCUGGGCCUCACCUUGCUGGCAUGCUUCUGCACCGACCCGGAGCUGGCCGGCCACUCACAGAUCCUGAACAAAAUCCCAACCUUCAGUGACGUCCUGCUUUCCCCCUGUAAUCCAGACAGCACGUCCAUGGUGGAUGAUGCAUACCAAUGCCUGGCUGCUGUUCUGGCCACUCCCAGGGGGCCCAGAGAAAUGGUGACCAAAGGAGCCGUCUCUGCUCUGUGCCAGGCUUACAUGAAUGGUGGUUAUGGUUCUGAGCGUGCCCUGACUCUGCUCUUGGGGCUGUUGGCUGUAGCAGAGGUGAAGUGCUGGCAGAGAGAUGCUCCACACCUGCUGGCUGUGCUGAGCAAGCUCUCCAAGGAGUUUGUCAAGGCUGAAGACGUGACCAAGUUUGAGCUGUGUGAGCUUUUGCCUCGCUUCAUCCCUCUCUCACCACCACUUGCUGAACUCUCACAGGGCUCUGAGAGCAUCUGUCAGCUUUACAAAGGGCUGGCCAGCAUUCUGGGCAGUAAACUCAGCCAGUCACAGCGGGACCCUGCUCUGAAGCUUGCUGCCAGCCUCGUGCAGGCCUGUGGGUCAGAGUGGAUCCCAGCAGGGAGAACUGGCAGCAAGUUCCUGGCCUUGCUGGUGAACUUGGCUUGUGUGGAGGUCCGCCUAACCCUAGAGGAGCCUGAUCCCUUAGAGAUGAAGGAGAAAAAAGAAGUGAUAACAGCCUGCUACGUCCUUAUUGAGAUGGGGAUCCAGGAGUGUCUGAAAGAAGAGGAAUCACUGCUAGAUGAAGCACAGAGAAUGCAGCUCACGAGAAUCAUGGAGGAAGCAUUUGGAGCUGUGGUAUUUUACUUGAGACAGGUUAAAGAGGAGGAGCUGCAGGAUCCUUUUGUAUUUGCUUCCGUUCGAAUCCUUGGAGCUUGGAUGGCAGAAGAGACAUCCUCCCUCAAGCAGGAGAUCUGUGAGCUCUUGCCUUUCCUUGUUCAUUAUGCCAAGAAGCUUUUCAAGGAGGGUGGUUCAGCAGAGACUCUUUCCCAGACAGCUGGGCUGGUCAGCAGUGACAACUCCAUUUUAGCCCAGGAUGCUCUGAGACUUCUGCUACCUGGAUUUUGCCAUUUAACAGCAGAGGACAGACCCAGAGAGAUCCUCAUCUCAGAAGGGGCUCCAGCACUACUGUGUGACUACUUCCUGCAUCAGUGGGAGGUGCUGAGCUCUCAGCCUGGGUCCCUGGCAAGCACUGAGAUGAGUCUACAGACUUUAUGUGGGAUCUUCCUUAACCUGGUUGUGACUGCACCAGACCUCAUCAGGCAGGAGAAAACCUUCUGUUCUUUGAUGGACACAUUGCUGAAGUCUCUUCCUUUCCUUCUACCUCAGAAGGAUCACCUGGUUCUAGCAGCCAACAUUGCCACUCUGGGCUUGAUGAUGGCAAGGAUCCUUUCAAGUUCAGCAGUUCUUCAGAAGACUGGUUCUGCAAAGGAAUUUUUCAAAGCCACCAUUUGCUUCUUGUCUCAGGCUCACACAGCCCAAGCAGACCCUGGUAGCCAUGGCUUGGCUCUGGCUGUUUCCCCUGCCUACGUGAGUGCCUGGGAUGACAUCCGUGAGCUCUGGUUCCUGGGGAUGCAGGCCUUGGCCAGCUGUGUGCCUCUUUUCCCCUGGCUGCCACAAGCUGUGCUCCAGGCACAGUGGCUGGAAGAGCUCUCAGAAUUACUGACACGUGUCACUGCAGCCUCAGUGGAUUUUGAGCUCAUUGCUGCUUUCCAGGGCGUGCUGGUUGAGCUGGCCAGAGCCAGCGAGCCGUGCAGGGAAGUGAUCCUGUCACACCAUGGGGAGGAGUGGGCCAACCUGUAUGGGAUGGCAGCUCUGGAACAGUGUCUAUCCAAGCAAUAAAGAGCCAUUUUUCAGCAGCACCCUGAUGUGGGACAUGAAGCCAGACAACUGCAGCAUUUCUCAUGCAGCCUUUGGUGCCAGUGAGAACAAGAAACAUUUAAGUGACCAACUUCAUAAAGCCAACAAUGCAGCAGAGCUCUACAGGAUUUUCUCUGUCCAGAACCCAACACUCAGAACUAUUGCUGCUUCAGGACAUUUCAAGACAUCCCUAAUUUAUCUUCUGUCAGCGUUUUGUUUUAAAAACAGAUCAUUUGACUAUUAAAGAGGUUUUCAGUUCCUUUUCCAAACAUGCAGCACUGGGAUUUAUUUCUGCCCGAGGCCCUGAGAGGUUUCCUCUUUCUUUCUUUAACGCACUUCCCAAUUUUGUCACAGUAAGUAACCCCUUCAGGAUGUCACCUUACUUUCAGGAUGUCACUGAAGUAGUUUAGCACUACGAGUAGAAAGCUGCAAAAGGCAGCAGCAGGAAGAGCUUGAACUUUUAACAAUAACAGCAAGGAUAACUAUAAAAUUCAGCAGCAAUCUGUCCCUUUCUAAAUGCUUGGGGGAUGCAGAAAGGCUCUUCUUCUUUUCACAUCCACAGUAGUGCCGUCAUCCCAAAUCCACCCUGUAACACAGGCUCCAGAAUUGACAUUCAGGGCACUGAAAACUGGCGUUCAGGACACUGAAAAUUGCAGAAGCACAGACAUGAGGCUUUGUGGUGUUUGCUUACACUCCCUGUUGCUGCAGGGAUGGGUGUGCAAGGCUGGUUUCCUGAUCUUGCAGGGAAGAGGGGUCAUUCAGCCUGCAAAGACCUUCCCUCUUUUUGGAGCUUUGCCUAAAUACUAUGAAAACAAAAUUAAGUCAACUACACAGCAUCUCCCUACAGAUGGAGAAUUACCAUUUGAUUUAUGGCAGAAGGAAUCCAGGUGUAAAAGCACACACCUGUAUGGUGGAGGAAUAAACCAUCGGUACUGCUGGCUGUGCCAGGGUGCCCUGGAAGCAGAGGCAGCCAGCUGGCUGGGGCAGAGCAGGAGCUGGACGAGCCAAGGAUGGCUUCACCCAGCCCGGAGCUCUUCGAGGGCAUUUCGAGGCAUUUCCACCAGGUGUCAGCAUAGGAGCUCUCUGGGAGAGGCAGCCCGGGCUGGCAGCUGGACACAGCACUGAUCUGCUGCCCUGCAUGGGUGGGAGAUGUGGCAUGG